AUGAUGACGAGCUCAACCUCAGCAGCACAAAACCAUCCAUCUCUCGUCAAUAAUAAGUUCCUGCUGCUGUCUCACAAAGACACGGACGCGCUGACUUUAAAUGCGACCCGCCACCUGCUUCCCCUGGACUUUCCCACAAUCCAAACGGGAAACCUUUGCGCCCUCUCGAAGGAUGAGGAUAUGAAGGCUUUGUUGGACCGGCUACUAGGCAUCGGCAACACGGACACAUCAUGUACAGGUACAGUCGCCAUUGUGGUGCGGUUACUAGGAAGAGGCGUUCCUGGCAUGGCGUACUUGUUGGAGUCUGUGGUCAAGAAAUCCAUUUAUGCACAACGUACGGAAUUGAUCGUCGUCAGUGGCGUGCCGGGGAGUAUGGAACCCGAUCUGACCGCCAUGUGCACCGUCUCGAUGGACAUGCAAAACCAUGUCGUGGCAUACUUUAAUGCCGAUGGCUGUGCCCACAACAUGGGACACAUGUUUCGUUUCUUGGCCGACCAUUUGAUGAUGGCAUGCGCACAACCAUUUGGAUACAAUGCGCCCACGCCAAGGCCCAAUCACGGCCUUUAUCAUCCUUCGUAUGUAUACACGAACAGCAAUCAUGACAGCAAUGAGGAUGUCAAACAACGGAUACUUUUAAAAGAAAAUUCUCUUCCUACAGUGGCUGUAUUGUUUUAUCGCUGUCAUUUUCUAAGUGGGAAUACUGCCUUUGUGGAUGCCUUGCUCGAUGAAUUGGAGGCCUCGGGAGUCAACGCCGUGGGGCUCUUUACAGAAUCACUACGAGAAUGUGAGCCACAUGACAAUGUUAAUGGUCAAGCGGUAGAGCGAUUCCCCAAAGCCCUGGCAUAUUUGCUACACGACGGAAAAUGCAAAGUGGAUGUACUCAUCAGUACCAUGGCAUUUGCCAUGGGCGAAGUUAAUCCAGACGGACCCACCUUGGGGAGCUGGGCCACAGCUGCCAUUCAAGCACUCAAUGUGCCAGUCCUACAAGCCACUAACAGUGUUGGAACUCGCGCUAGUUGGGAACAAUCCACAAGGGGGCUCAAUCCGCUCGAUACUGCCAUGAAUGUCGUCAUUCCAGAAUUCGAUGGACGCAUUAUCACAGUGCCAAUCUCCUUUAUGGCACCGCAAGACGAAUCCAACACCGUUAUGUAUUAUGAAGCACUACAGGAUCGAGUCGAAGCAGUUGCCAAACAAGCCACGAAAAUUGCCAAGAAUUUGCGGCACAAGGACAAUCGAGACAAACGGGUGGCAUUUUUGUUGACCAAUACCAGUGGAAAGGCGCAACGUAUUGGCGAUGCCGUUGGACUGGACACCCCAGCGUCUCUCAUGAAGCUGUUCGAGGCCAUGCAAGCUGCUGGAUAUCAACUUGGCCACGAUCUACCGCCCGAUGGUGAUACCUUGUUUCAAAAUCUGAUAGAUCGGUGCUCCUACGACGAAAUCUAUCUGACAGAACAUCAGUUGGCGCAUGCAGCCGGACGGGUUCCCUCCUCAGUUUAUCAAAAGAUGUACCAGCGUUUGCCACGCAAACAGAAGGAGCACAUGGAACAGCAGUGGGGUCAGCCUCCGGGUGAAGCUUAUGUUCACCAGGAUUCCAUUUCCUUGGCAGGUCUCGAGUUCGGCAAUGUAUUCGUCGCAUUGCAGCCGCCACGAGGAUAUGGUAUGGACCCCGAUAAGAUCUAUCACACUCCUGACUUGCCGCCGCCACACAAUUACUACGCCCUCUAUCGCUGGUUGCGAGAUGAAUGGAAGGCAGAUGCGAUCGUGCACAUGGGAAAACAUGGCACGCUGGAGUGGUUGCCUGGCAAAGGAGUUGGUCUGUCGCACGAUUGUUACCCGGAUACCUUUCUCGAUGAUAUGCCAUUGAUCUACCCGUUCAUUCUCAAUGAUCCCGGCGAAGGAACACAAGCGAAACGGCGCGCCCACGCACUCAUUAUUGACCAUUUGACCCCGCCCAUGACGACUGCCGAUGGGUAUGGCGAGCUAGCUCAGUUGAUGCAGCUGGUGGAUGAGUACUAUCAGGUCGAAAUGCUCGACCCGUCCAAACUGCCAUUGAUUCAACGACAAAUCUGGGAUCUGAUUCAACAGGUCAACUUGGGAGAAGACUUGGAGUUCUUGCUUAACCAUGAUCACGACGGUGAUCACGACCACGACACCGAAUCACACAAUCAUGGCCACGAGCAUGCCCAUACGGAAUCUGAUCACAACCACCACGACCAUGGACAUGAUCACAAGGAGGUAUCCGAUCAUAACCAUCAUGACCAUGGACACGCUCACAAGGAAGAAACUAGCCACAACCAUCAUGAACAUCACAGUCAUCAUGACCAUGGGCAUGCUCACAAAGAGGAAUCUGAUCACAACCACCACGACCAUGGUCAUGAUCACAAGGAAGUACCUGAUCGCAACCACCACAACCACGGACAUGAUCACAAGGAGGCAUCCGAUCAUAACCAUCAUGACCAUGGGCAUGCUCUCAAGGAGGAAUCUGAUCACAAGCAUCACGACCAUGGACAUGCUCACAAGGAAGUAUCUGAUCAUAACCAUCAUGACCAUCAUGGGCAUGCUAAUGAGGAUGGGCAGCAAUACCACCUUGAACACAUUCACGCCCACAAACAAGAGCCACACGACAACCAUGCCCAUGAGCAUGACCACGGCCACGGCCAUGACUGGGACGGAAGCGUGAACGACCAUGGCACGCCUGAUGCGCUGGCGAAGAUGGACGGUAAAGAUGUAGCGCAUCUUAUGGAGCACAUGGAUGGCUAUUUGUGUGAGUUAGCAGGGGCUCAAAUUCGAGACGGACUUCAUAUUUUGGGGCAGGUUCCACAAGGCGAUCAGAUGGUGGAUACCCUACAAGCUUUGACACGGCUGCCCAAUUUAGACAUCCCUUCGUUACCUCAGUCGAUCGCGAGGAUGUUUGGACUCAGCUUACCCGAAUUGGAAAAGCACCAAGGGGCCCGUAUCAGGGAUGUUCCACCUAUGCUGACGCUGCUCGCAGGUCGCCCCCUUGCCACAUCGGGCGAUGUUGUGCAGACCAUCGAUGAAUUGACGAUUCAUUUAUUGACAAUCUUAGAUCAAAAGCACUUCGAUGCUCAGGCAAUCCCACAUUCCAUCAGUCAAACCUUCCCUGGAAACAGUGAGACUGCCGACUCCUCUGAAAUCAGUCGAGUGCUGGAAUUUGUUUGCGGAAGUCUCGUGCCCUCCCUGCGGGAUACCACUCAAGAAAUAAAGUAUCUCCUCACGGCACUCAGAGGUGAAUUUGUCCCUGCUGGACCUAGCGGUUCUCCAACCCGCGGCAAUGCGCAUGUUCUCCCAACAGGCAGGAAUUUCUAUGCGGUAGAUCCCCGCGCACUCCCGAGUAUGGCUGCAUGGGAUGUGGGCCAAGGCUUGGCCAACGAGGUGUUGUCCCGCUUUCUCAAAGAGACUAAGGCCUACCCAGAACACGUGGCAAUUAGUGUCUGGGGUACGGCGGCGAUGCGAACCCAUGGCGACGAUAUCGCGGAAAUAUUCGCGUUGCUUGGGGUGCGACCGAUCUGGCAACGAGAGAACCAUCGUGUGACUGGAGUUGAACUGAUCCCACUUGAUGAGCUGGGACACCCUCGCAUUGAUGUCACUAUACGCAUUAGUGGCUUCUUUCGAGAUGCAUUCCCCCAUCUGAUUACUCUUCUCGACGAGGCUGUGAACCUGGCUAUUAACGCGGAUGAGCCAAUCGAUCAGAACUUCAUCCGGAAACACUACCUGGAAGAUAUUGCCACUGAAGCCAUGGAUGAAGCCUCAGCCCGAUACCGCGUCUAUGGUUGUCCACCAGGGGCUUAUGGAAUCGGGAUAUUGGAUCUAAUCGAGGCUCAGAACUGGAAGGAUGAAUCUGACUUUGCCGAAUGCUACGUCAACUGGGGCGGCUACGCGUACAGUCAGGACGAACCCGAAGGGAUCGACGCCCGCCACCAAUUCACUCAUCGGCUGACCUCUGUGGAAGUAGCGAUCCACAAUCAAGACGACCGUGAACAUGACAUUUUUGACAGCGACGAUUAUUUUCAAUUCCAUGGAGGAAUGAUUGCUACCAUCAAGGCGUUAUCAGGCAAACGACCAAAGGGAUACUUUGGCGACAGCGCCAAUCCAGCCAAUCCCAAAGUGCGAGAUAUUAAAGAGGAAUCUCUCCGCGUCUACCGCACUCGGGUCAUCAACCCCAAAUGGCUGGAAAGCAUCAGUCGACAUGGCUACAAGGGAGCUUCCGAAAUGGCUGCUACGGUAGACUACAUGUUUGGUUUUGACGCCACCGCUGGCGUGGUCAGCGACCAUAUGUACGAGCAGAUGGCUCAAACUUAUGCUCUCAAUGAAGGCACCCAGGAGUUCUUUGAGAAGUCCAAUCCUUGGGCAUUGAAAGGGAUCUCUGAUCGGUUGCUUGAAGCUGCUCAACGUGGUAUGUGGGCGGAUCCGAACCCGGAGACGUUGGAGGCAUUGCGGCAAACCUUGUUGAAAACGGAUUCCAUGGUGGAAGGACGUACUGAGCCAACCAUUUGA